UGUAACCCGUGAGAUGUUGCUAUCUUGCUAGCUAGUUAAUCCAAUGCAUUGAUCAUAAACAGCUAUUGGACUCGUGAGUAAUCAAUUAAGCCCCUGUGCAGCAUGACCUGGCAGUGAUUGUGACCAUUUUCAGUGUGAGAGAGUGGGCGUCCCCAACAUCCCCCAUGUGUAUCAUCUUCUUCAAGUUCGAUCCUCGCCCUGCAUCCAAAAAUGCAUAUAGGCUCAUUUUGGCUGCCAACAGAGAUGAGUUCUACCACAGGCCGUCUAAGGCCGCCGAUUUUUGGGGGAGCGGCAAUGAGAUCCUCAGUGGUUUGGACCUGGAGGAGGGGAAGGAAGGUGGAUCAUGGCUGGGGAUCAGCAAGAGGGGCAGGCUGGCAGCCCUGACCAAUUACCUGGAGGGAAGGACAAAUCCGGAUGCUCAAGGCAGAGGGUUUUUGGUCUCAAACUUCUUGACCGAUAAUAUGGACAGCUACUCCUACCUGAGGAAGGUAUCAUCAGAGGGGCACCUGUACAACGGAUUCAACCUGAUAACAGCGGAGUUCAAGGCUAAAGAAGACACAGUUUGUUACUAUGGAAACAAAGGCAACACUGAACCCAUCCACCUGAAACCAGCAGGAAUCUACGGGCUGAGCAACUCCCUCCUGGAGACCCCCUGGAGGAAACUGCAGCACGGCAAGCGUCUCUUCACCAGCGUGGUCAGCAGGAGCCUCCCCUCUGAGGGCCUGGUGCAGGAGCUGCUGCAAAUCCUCAACAACGAGGAGCUGCAAACGCCUGACCCAGCUCAGGAGAGCCAGGGGGAAGGGUACAGCAAGUCAAUGCUCCAGGCCCUGUCCGCCGUGUGUGUCCGAUCACCAGGAUACGGCACGAGGACCAAUACCAUUAUCCUCAUUGACGCGACUGGGAACGUUACCUUCACUGAGCGCAACAUGCUCAACUGCGAUGUCACCCAGUGGAGCACGCGUUCCUUUCACUUCAAACUCGCAGACUGAAAGUAGCCAGGGCUGUGGGGAAUCCACUCUGUGCCUUUCUACGCCCCCACUCCCAGCACAACCCAUGACUUCAUCUUUUCACAGCACUGCGCUCGAAGCAUUAUUGAAAUGUACAUGAAGGAUUUUUCUUCUCCCUCCCCAUUUGAUAUUAUGGGAGAUUAUACUGUUGGGAAAAGUGGUUCCACAGUGCUGAAAAUUUGUCUUUUUUCAGGAGAAUGUUUUAAGAGGGCAUAGACACAGCAGAAAUGUGUUUGUAAAAGUGUGGCACACAUGAGUUAUAACUGCCAGUGUCAUUCUUCCUCAGCUGUGGAGGCCCUGUGUGUGUUCCUGUCAUGAAAUUGUAUGUUAAAUUGACAGCAGGGGGAUUAGGAAUCAUGUAGCAUUGAUCAUUUUAAGGUUAUCCAGUAAUGUUUCAUUUAAGUAAAUUAAAAAUUAAAAUAAAACUGUUAAAUGUUUUUUUAAAAAAAUAUAUAUGUUGACCAGGUACUGCCAAAGAACAAAUGUAAUGGAACUGAUUCAUUUCAAAUGGAGAACAAAUUCAAUGAUGAAUAACAGAGUCAGCAUGUCAGUAUGUACCACGGAUAAAAGAGUACUGAUUAUUUUAAUUGCUGACCUUUGUCCUAUUUUGUGUCCACCUUUCUGGGCAAAAGAAGACAGAGUAAAUAGUAAACAUAAACUACAACAAUGGUUCUGUCACCUUGCCGGGCGAGUAGGUGUCACUCAGGGACAACAUAUCACUGUGCUCAAGCCCUUGCAGGGGAGCUAGAGACAAACCAUUUCUGAUUUCUUCACUGGUCUUUUUCCUCUGUCUUCAGCCUGUGAAGGUGGAAUAAUAUUAUGCUGGGGAGACUUGAAACUGCUCGAAACACCGACAUUAAUGUGGACUUGUGCUUUUAUCAUAAGUGAAAGAUGUUUUCCACUCAUAAAUCUCAGAAUGUUUCCUUCUCUUCUUUUGAUUCUUUCUCGUUUUUCGUGUACCAGAGAGUCUGAUUGCCUUGCUGUGAACCUCAAGGGGUUGAUUUGUAAUUUGCAGCAGCAGUGUUCAUUGUCCAGGCCUUGCCAUGCCUGUAGGGGAAGCCUGUUUCAAAAGAAAUUACCUGCCUCUUUCAUUUCCCUUUCGUCCCAUUACAGCCAGAGCAGAGUUGGUGAAAAUGGCCACACAAGUCAAAGAACAGGAGUGAGGGGUUCUCACACAACGCUUUGAUUUGAGAACCCUGGAGUACUUUGUAUCGGGUAUAGUUGCAGGGCUGCGGACAAUGCUUUGCUAUCAAUCAGAUCUAUUUCCUUCCCAAACUAAACUUGCACACAAGUCUCCAAAUCUGGGAAGUGUUGCACAGACCAUAGAAUCAAAGAGAAAAGAAAAGGUCUUCUGUUUGCAGUCAGUCCCCACCAGCAAGAAAAAAAUUCUCAGCAGUUAUGUGUUAAAUUCCAUGAUCAGUGUGAUCCAUAUGGAUUUUCAUGCAAAAAUAUGCCAAUUAUGCUAGCAAAUCAUGUCAGAUAUGCUCAUUGUGUGUGCCAAGAUAGCAGAGAAUCACACACUCACAAAAUUGCUAAUCGGUUAGUUAAUGUAAGUGCUCAUGCACCUGUAUAAGCGAGGCCUAUUUGUAUUGUGUCUGCCUAACACCUGUAACUCUGUUAAUACAGCAAAAGAGAUGUUUAGAUGGGCACAAGUGAGCAAGAUGAUCUCCUGUUCAGGCAUUCAUUUCAAUCAGCCCUCCAUCAUCCAGGAUAUUAUUCAGACGGGAGCUGAUGAAGUGACGGGAUGCGUGAUGAAUACUGAAACCUGCGCAGAGAGACAGAAGAGGCUGUCUCCCGCCCCCUGCUUCAAGAGGGACCAAAAUUUCACUGCUGCCCUCCCUCUCCUUCCGAACACUUUCAUGUUCCAUGAGCGUUCGAUUUCCCCCUGGCCCUCGUCCGCUCCUCAGAGCAGACGUUUUAAUCUCCAUUUAUUUCACUCCUGUGCAACUCCAACAAAGUGGACAAAUUAAAUAUUUCAUGCUCGUUGCUCGACCUUGCCCACCAGCUGCAAUUAUUAUUUGCAAGGUGUCACGGAUCAAGGAUGUAUCAUCCUGUUCAAUUUCAGUUUUUAAAGUUCCAGAUAUAGAGUAGAAGGAUAACAGUCUGGACACUCUGUUGUUUGAACUUGAGUCAACAUUAGCCCCUACCCCCCUCAGCCACCCACCCAAAGUGACAGAAAAUAACAUUCUGCUUCAAAGAACCCAUAUUAUCAGCACAGACAUGGGAAAAUAUUGUUCAUGUGAUAAGCUUUGCAGGGAACUUGUAGCUUUACCCUGCAGGUCAAGGUUAAUGAUUUGUUUAGUUUUGUGUGUAUCUGUCAGUUUGAACCAACAUGGCUUCAUUCCGCCCCGGCUGCAGUUGUCCCAAGCGUAAUAAAUAAUUUUGUUCAGUGAGGUUACCUGCACUGGCUUUGCUAACUUUAGACACAAGCUGUAAAUUAAGGCCCUUGCCAUUUAAGUCUUGUCAUCCCACAUUAUUUGGGCUUGUGUAGUCCUGACCAUUUAAUAUCACAUUAGCUGAUGCUGUAUUUGUGUUCCAUUUUUCAUUACAAAUGUUACACAAUUGAUUUUGUACUGUAUCUGUCCCACAGGAUCAGGCACAUUAUUUGGGAUAUCAGGAUAUUCAUA